CUAACCUACUUCAGCCAUUCACUCGUUAACAAACAACGUAUUACCAACAAGCGAUUUGGUAAUUCACAAAUCCUUUUUGCAAGUGCAAUUUUCCGGUUUCUUGAAGAUUCUGGGCGACCUGGCACUAUGUCUGGAUGUCAAGGAUGUUGUAUUUUCCCUCACGGCAGGCUUUCAAUCUACGCCAUGAUCCUCGCCGUGAGUUCCUAUCUGUUCGUGAUAAGCGCCUCCUGGGGGUGCUACUAUGUUGAAGUUGGCGCAACUUUUUCUGAGAAUAUUCCAGGUUUGACGGUGGACUUUAAAUCGGGUAUUGGUCUGUUUUCCUAUGAAGAUGUGCUUGACUUCAAUAACAACAAUAAUCAAUUGACGUGCUACUACUACACAGGCUCACAGAUUGAUGCGAUGGAUGGAGCUUUCAAAGCAGCGCGUGUGUUCGGUGUUCUUGCGAACAUUUUUAUUGGUGUCAGUAUGCUGGCGCUAGUAGCUGUAUCGUGCAUGGAGUACCCGCAAGUGAUUUUAAAAGUCGUCGGAGGGAUGCUUUUGGCAGGGUCUUUGUUCGAAUUGCUGACACUUACCUUUUUUGCAUCCGAUGUCUGCAACUAUGACUGCGAUUUUUACAUCGGCGCCGGGAUGGCAAUUGGUGGAACCAUAGUCUGUUUUAUGACAGCAAUUGUUGUCUUGCAGAUUCCGCCGGCAAUGGAGUCAUCUCUGGACCUCCAAAGUUAUACGGAACAAGCUGUGGCCUACGCCCCUGGGACCGAGACAAUCACGGAAACGGCUCUACCAGAUGGAACAAAAAAAAUCAUUAAGACACACGUGCAUGGGGAUGGAUCGAAGACGAUCGAGGAAACUUUAGUGGCUUGAAGUAGAGAAGAAAGAGCCACUGUUGCAAUUUGGAGAGGAAAAAAUACUUUUACAACCGCUUUGCAGGAAAGACACUGCUUUGCUGAAUAGUUUUCACGGCAUCGACAUUAACAUGAAGACUACAGGUUAGCAAUUU